UCUAAAAUUUUCGUCAUCUUUAUUAACGGAUACUACUAUCUUUAAUAAUAAGGGUGUUUAUAUGUUUAGAUUACGAAUAAUUGAUUUUUAAGUAUAACUGCAUAUUUUAUUGUAUUGUAUUUUUUAAUGCUUUCGUAUUGAGAUCGUUUAGCUGAUUUUAAGUAUGUGGGGUUUAUUAUUUUAUUGUGAACGCAACGCAUACCGCGUGAAACUGAUGCAAAAAGUUCAGAUAUAAAAAUAAAGUUAUUAUUUGUAUUAACCGUGACUUUAAAAGCGAAUAGAUUGAAUAAUACAAUAUAGUUGUGAGUCAUAUACUAUAUCCUUAAUAACAAUUAAAUUUACUGGAAAACAUCCUUGUCUCGAAUGUUGUUAUAUAGGCCUAUAAAUGACAAAAAUACUAUAAAAAUAAUAGUAUGAGGAAGUACACUACAUUAAUAAUCACUAUCUGAAAAUGUGUGGCCUAAUAAUUAUUACCGGAAAACCUGCAGUGCUUUAGAAACUGGUUUACAGAAUUUUCGUUCCUUAUAUUUACUAUUAAUAGGUUUCUAUUCACUUGCUGGUUGGAUUAUUUUGCAAAAGUAGAGCUGAAACACAUAAAUGAUCCUUAUCGGUGGUCUGAUUAUCAUGCGCAAAUGUACAGUACACAGAGGUCAGCAUUUGCGCACUGAGCAUCAGGUCGUCAGCAGUGGCUACAUUUUCUCUUGUCAUGCGCAGUGUGUUUUGUCACAUACGUACUUCUCUGUUUUUUGUGUGAACAUAAUAUUGUAUAUGAUGGCGGGGAGACUGGACGGGUACUGGAUGACAUACAACACGAUUGGUUUACAAAAUGACGACACGGAUGGCGACACACCAGGACGACCAACGAGACGGUUUGAGAUAAGCUCGUUGCUAAGUAUGCUUUAUGGCAUGAGCGUGUUUCUGCUAGUUAUGCCCGUCUUAACUGUAAUGGUAAAACAGUUUGUAGCAGGGGUACAGGGCUGUGCUAGCUUUUCUAUAUUCUUUGGCUGUGACUACAUCGUGACCCUUUUCAUCAUAAGUGAAAUACACAUGGUGACAACAUUUAUAAUGGAGUUCUAUUUUCGUCGAACGCAACAUACUGAACCGGUAACCAAACACAUGGAAGUCAACGCCUAUGUUAAAUUGGGUUUGUACGUCUUUGCGGGGGCAGCCAUUGCUGUCAAUUUACUGAUACUCAUCAAGAAAUUGACCGUCUCCAAAUUAUACCACAUCAAUUCAAUAGUAUUCUUCAUCAUGCAGGUGAUCUACCUACAGAGAUAUUCCAGAGUUUGUUUUCAAAAGCUGAGAAUUCUCAACCGUUUUGGAAUUAUCCAGAUACUUGUGACGAAUCUCUCUCAUUGGGUGCUGCUAGUGUCCUACGAAACCUACAUCGACUAUGUACAGGAAAAAAAUGGAACAAAUAUAACUACUUAUGAUAAAGUAUUUCCUUACCUGAUGGACUGUACAGUUGAGUACUGUUUGAUUGCUGCUGCACUUCUUGGCAAUAUGUGGCGAAACAUUGGUCGAACACCGAAACUUGAAAUUAUCAUCCACAGAGCAUGGACACAAAGUAUUCGAUCGUCUAUCUACGGUAUAUUCGCUGGUAUAUUAAUUGUUGUAGCUGUGUCCUUCAUCGGGAUUUGUCUCCUCAACAUUUCCGCAACCGGAGGUUGUUUCAAAGGGGGUCAUUUUAUACCAUGGGAAGUAUAUUUUCGUAUCGGUCUCGCAUCUGCAGUAAUCAUCUGCGUAAUUUAUUGCGCACUCUUCUUAAAACCUACGUCAACCAGCUAUAGAAAUGACACACCUUCAGGCCUCAACCAAGAUGGUGUACUGCUGUUGUGCUGUGUGGGGGUUCGUGUACUGCAGGAUAUGUUUAGCAUAUUGGCAGCAGUAGUCUUAUUCACCAAGCAUUCUAAGUACAAUAUAACUCUAUUAGACUCAUUAAUUUUUCUCACCGCAACACUCGCGCAAUCAACGCUCAUAAUUCUAGGCCACGUAAAGAGGUCGGUAAAAGAAGAACGCAAGAGGACAGUUCAGAAUAUACUUCUAUUUCUCUCCAUCACCAAUUUCUCUCUAUGGACGUUGAGUCACUACGAGCUAAAAAACGACAAAUCGUUCUAUCCACUUGAGAGAAGGGCAUACGGUAGUUUGAUCUGGUACCUAAUGCACCACGUCACAGGUCCUGUUAUUUCGUUUUAUUACUUCCAUUCUGCCGCUUGUCUCUUUGAGCUUUGGAUUGCAAUUUCCCAUAACACAUAGUCCUACAAUGUUUUACUCUUAUUACUAUAAUUACUAUAAUGUAGUCCUAAAAACCUACCGGUAAUGUAUGUAACACAUCUCUUAGAACAUUUUCAAAAUACUGUAUAUUGAAUCAUAACUUUUUAUGCAUGCCCGCCAAUAUCGUAAUAACUCAUUGUACUCUAGAGGUUUGACGCUUUCCUUGAUGGGAAAGAUUGCAGAUUCGUGUCUACUAGCGACAUAUUUUACUGAACUUACUAAAUUUCUUCCUGAAUUUUAAACCCUAGCAUAACUUUAAUAAUAGGUUGUCAGAUCGAACUUCUUAUAUAGUGUAUAUCUAAGAGGAUGGUUGGACCAGUGGCACUCCAGGACAGAUUUAAACAUUAAUUCUAGUGACAGUCAGAGCUUUGUGGCGUUAUUCCAAAUAACAACAUCCCGUCUUCAGAAAUAAUUCACAAAGCCAGAUUUUCCAGACUUAUAUUUUAACUUAUGGCAGUGACCAGCAGUUAUAGAAUUUAA